AUGGUAGCUGGUGGUGACAACAGGACUGACAUAACAAAUAAGACAAUCAAGGUCGCCUCACCUCGCUUUCUUUCAAUCGUACCUGAUGAAGAGAAUAAAGAUCGAGUAAGUUUACUUAUACUCUGUUCCAGAUGCAUGUCCACAUUCUUGACUAUUUCGGGCUGUAUUUUUGUCUAA